UUACUUGCAGACCCAAAACUAAACCCAAUUCCAAACCCCUGAUAUAUUCAGCCAAAAAAAAAAAAAAAACCAACAAAAACCCCUAAAAACCCACGGCCCCGUCCGUUGCACCGCCGUGACCCCGCCGCACCGCAGAGCCGACCCCAUCGAUCCACCUCCCACACGUGCUCUCUCGCAAACCCAUUUCAUGAUCCCCCCACGCCUGCUCACCCGGCCGUCGGCUUUCUCGCGAACCCAGCCAAUCCACUUCCCAAUCGCGCUGGACCGCCAGCCUUCUCCUUACGAACCCACCAAUCUUCUUCACCAACAAUGGCGAAGCAUAACGAAGGUCCGUCUCAAAUGGGUGAAGAAUCGAAGCCUCGACCACAUCAUCGACAAAGACACCGACCUCAAAGCCGCCUCUCUUCUCAAAGACGCGAUCAAGCGUUCUCCAACAGGUUUCCUCACCGCAAAAUCCGUCGCCGAUUGGCAGAAACUCCUCGGCCUCACCGUCCCCGUUCUCCGCUUCAUGCGUCGAUACCCGACCAUCUUCCACGAAUUCCCUCACGCAAGGUACACCAAUUUGCCCUGCUUUAGAUUAACGGACACCGCCCUUUUGUUAGACUCGCAAGAACAGGCCGUACACGAAGAGCGAGAGAGUGAGACUGUUGAGAGGCUUUGUAGAUUGCUUAUGAUGAUGAAAACCAGGACUUUACCGUUGAAAUCGUUGUAUCCGAUCAAAUGGGAUCUGGGUUUGCCGGAUAACUUUGAUAAAGUGCUGGUUCUGAAGUACCCGGAUUGUUUUCGAUUCGUUAAGGCCUCGAACGGGCUUAGUUGCUUGAGGCUCGAGCAAUGGCGCGAGGAAUUCGCCGUGUCGGUGUUGGAGAGGAGCAAUGAGGGUGAUGAAGUUGGGAAUGAGUAUAGGCAGUUUAAAAAGGGGGAGACGGGUUUGGCGUUCCCGAUGAAUUUUCCGCGGGGAUAUGGAGCUCAGAAGAAGGUUAGAGCUUGGAUGGAGGACUUUCAGAAGUUGCCUUAUGUUUCUCCUUAUGAGGAUUCUAGGCACAUUGAUCCGAAUAGUGAUUUGAUGGAGAAAAGGGUGGUUGGGGUUUUGCAUGAGAUUUUGAGCUUGGCACUUCACAAGAAGACCAAGAGGAACUACUUAAGAAGCAUGAGAGAGGAGUUGAAUCUUCCACAUAAGUUUACGCGGAUCUUCACGAGGUAUCCCGGGAUUUUCUACCUCUCGUUGAAGUGUAAGACGACGACGGUUGCUCUCAGGGAAGGGUACCAUAGAGGGAAACUCGUGAACCCGCAUCCCUUGACGCGGCUUAGAGAAAAGUUUUAUCAUGUCAUGAGAACUGGGCUUAUUUUCAGGGGUAAAGGUGAAAACUUGUUGCCGAAAGAAGACAUUCUUGAUGGUGGGGAGAGUGAGGACCAGGAAGGAGAUUCUGAAGAGGAAGAGGAAGUUGAAAUGGAUGAUGAAUUCUCCAAGGAAAUUUCGGAGUUGGAAGACUCUGAAGAAGAUUAGAAUUCUGUUUGAAGACUAAGAACAUUAUAUGCAUUGUAAGUUUGAAAAACAGAGAAAUCAUCAACCUUCCCAGCUAAGUAAGUCCAAUGACUUGUUAUUGUAGAUUGUUCUCUUAGUUAAAUAUGAGAGUACACAUUGAGAAACUCAUUUAUUUAUCAGAAUUGAAGACCACAGAUGAAUUUUUGUUACAAU